AUGUCCCCACCAGCCCAAAUGGUAAAGGCAACGCUCAAAAUAGAUGGGGUCUGGAACUCCGACAAUUUUACCUUUGGCACCCUUUGCAAUAUUUUAUGUCAUACCAACGAACAAACGGCUCUUGAAUUUUUAGAGAGAAUCUUACCGAGGAUUGAAAGGCAAUCUCAAUGGGAUGAUAGAAAACGCUACUCUAUUCUUCUUGCCGCCUUAUUUUGCGGGGCUUUUAAUAUUUUGGUAUUUUUACUCCAUCGUGGAUACCCGUUUAGAGAGACCGCCGAAUUUUGCCACUACGCCCACUCUCCAAGAAAAUGGUAUGGGAAAUGGUAUGAACGGGGUAAAGAGUGUGAGCAUAUUAGUGAUAUACUCGCGAUACCUUCAGCUGCUGUGAUAGCAACCGCUUUAGGGGGGCGACAAAAAACAGUAUGGGAAAAAUCCCUCAAGGCAGUCUUCCCAGAGGUAGAGGUGGAAAAGAUAUUUGCGGAAGAUUUUCAGAAAUUACCAGUUAAGGUCCGGUUACUAUAUGCAGUUUGCUGGAACUGUAAAUUUCGGAGGUCCUUCCGCCCCUUAUAUGGGUUUUGCGAGAAAAAAGGUAGGAUUAGUUUCAGGCCAUAUAAACCCCGCGGUCUACAUGAUUCAAGGUAUACCAAGGCGAUACCAAAUCAGUGUGAUGGCUGCGAUUUUGGUACGAUCGAAUGUCCAAAUUGUGGGGAAAUUCCUUUGGAACUUCAAGAAGAGGAGUUUAGUGAAUCGACUUCAGACGAGGAUGACCAACUUCCCAUCCCCGAUUCAACAGUAUACCUCGUCUCCUCUGGUCCUCAAAUUGAGGGCCUGAGCCCGAAACUAUUAGCGUGGCCUAGAUUCUACCUACAGCACCUCGGGAUCUCGGGGAUAUUGAUAACGGUUCUAUCAGCGGUAGUAUCAUAUCUGCUCUACAAGUUGAAACAAUCAGAGAAUAUGCGGCAUAGUAUGUUAGCCUACAACAAAGAGCUGGGUCCUGAAGAGUAG